CUCAAGCAUAGUGGUCACGUGGGGCACCAAUUCCGGGCGCUCUUGCGCAGUGUCCUGUAAUAACGAUAUCAUUACACUAGUCUGCGCUUUAAGGUAGCCUAGCAACCUGCCUGACGUUGUGACAUUUUAAUUCUCUGUAUGGUGGUGUAAGACUAACUCUCGGAUUAAUUACAUAAUUGACACGACAGAUGCUCAAUUCAUUUAUGUAAUCCUAGUCACAACGUCAGCUGAAUUUGGGGGUUGAGAUUCAUCUUGGGUUCCUUUAUUACGGUCGCCAGCUCUGACUCUAUUCUUAAUCAGACAGUCUCAGGACGGUGUGUAAGUGAUGUUGGUUCCUCUCGAGGAAAACAGUUGCACUGGUCAGAUAGCAGGUAAGCAGGAUCGAGGCGCAGGCAACUGUCCCGUAAACUGAACAGUCGGUAUCACGCGCACAGAAGCUCCAUCAGUAGUCUAUCUCAAGGAUGUUGUGUUUACUGGACAUCAGGCACGAAUCUACUGUUUUUCACGUUUUAGGACACUAAACUCGCGUACCGGGAACAGCGCCCGGUUUUUCACCUUUGACAGGUCGCGCUAGUGUCACUCACGGGCUGUCAUUCGCCAGGGUAUCGACUUGUCAUUCCCCGGGGCGUAGUAUAUUUCAGAUGAGUCUAGAAGAAAGCCGUUAACCGUAAAGUGCUGGUGUUUUGACGAUUGGAAACCUGUAGAUAUGUCCCAUAUCAUGGACUAAUUCAAUUGGAUAAGUAUUUCAUCAUGCCCUGCCUUGCGCCAGAUUGAGACCGAUUCACUGGCGAAGCAUUUCACCUUGCAGAUGAAAGGUUGAUGGAUCAAAUGCAGCCGAAACAAAGCAGUAUAGAUCCAGCAAGAGUCUCUAGACAAUCUGGAUUGAAUGCUGUUCCAGGACCUGCUCUACCCCUACAGCCAACAGCCCGGGACACCUCUAUGACCUGUCCCAUAGUGGGAUCUGGGAAACUCCCAGGAAUGGGUCCAAUUCAGGCCUCAGGUGUACGUGAGAUGCUAGACCCGGUGAGGCCGGAGCAUGUACAGCCUGGGUCCAGUGCUGCAGUUCCAGUCAACAUCAGCCGUCCCAGACCUACUGGACUGAAUUCCUCCAGAAGUCCAGAGGCUGAUAUGAAGGAUAAGGCCUUUAUUCCAAACCGCAUUCCUGGACCACACAGCCCCAUCUCCCUGUCCCAGUCCCCCACAGAGUCUUCCCAGUUGUCCCGCAGUCCUCAGAGUCCUCAUAGCACUCAGCCUUACACCAGCCAGUCUUACCUCAUCCCACAGCCUAACCUGCCUCAGCCUUGCCUCACCCCGCCAUCCAGCCUCAGCCCCAAACCAGGCUCCAGUCCACAACCCCAGGGGACCAGAUCCCCUGGAGGCGCUGUGAAGAACCAGCUACAGACUGACAAGACUGAAGGAGAAACAGAUUACGGCUUCAGGGUUCACAUUGUCACAUGGAAUGUGGGCUCUGCUCUUCCUCCUGAUGACAUCACCUCUCUGUUUGGGCCGCAUGCUGGCGAUGGGAGCACAGACAUGUUUAUCAUUGGGCUACAGGAAGUGAACUCUAUGAUUAACAAGCGGCUGAAGGAUGCUCUCUUCACCGACCAGUGGAGUGAACUCUGCAUGGACACACUUAGUCGAUUUGGAUAUGUGCUGGUGACGUCCCAGCGUAUGCAGGGGGUGCUGUUGCUGGUGUUCUCAAAAUGUUGUCAUCUUCCAUUUCUGAGGGGUUUGCAGACAGAGAAAACACGCACAGGCCUCGGGGGCUACUGGGGUAAUAAAGGGGGUGUAAGUGCGAGGAUGACGAUGUUCGGCCACCCGGUGUGUUUCCUGAACUGUCAUCUGCCGGCUCACAUGCGGAACCUGGAGCAGCGCAUGGAGGACUUUGGAAGCAUUCUGCAGCAACAGCAGUUUGAGGGCGGGACCGCCUCGGGUGUGCUGGACCACGACGUGGUGUUCUGGUUUGGAGAUCUUAACUUCCGCAUAGAGGACUAUGACAUUCAUGUGGUGAAGAGUGCCAUUGACAGCAAUAAACUUCAUUCUCACAUGUUUGUUUUGCAGCUCAACAUAGCCAAAAACAGUGAGUCCAUCUUAGACGGCUUCUUAGAAGGCCCUCUCAAAUUCCCCCCCACAUAUAAGUUUGAUGUGGGGACACACACAUACGACACCAGCAGUAAGAAGCGAAAGCCAGCAUGGACAGACCGUAUCCUGUGGCGUCUGCGUUGUACGGGCUCCCCUGUUCCUACCCACAAUGCUGCGCUGCAGCAUGGCCUGACCUCUUGGCUGGGUGGGGCAACCAAGGUGGUGCAACAUUCCUACCGCAGUCACAUGGGCUACACCUGCAGCGAUCACAAGCCUGUCUCUGCUGUCUUCUCAUUACAUUUCCCAUUUAAAGUGGACCUUCCUCUUGUAACGUUAGAGUAUGUGAAGGAGUGGACUAAGGUUUCUGACGCUACAGUCAGAUUCACUGUGAUGUCCAACGUCCAGCGCAGCUCAUGGGACUGGGUUGCAAUAUACAAGGUUGGGUUCAAACAUCACAAGGACUAUGUAACAUAUGUGUGGGCCAAAGCAGAUCAUGGGUCACAGGUGACAUUUACAGAGGAGGAUUUACCCAGGGAUGCAGGGGAAUACAUUUUGGGUUUCUACAGUAAUAACAUGAACACUAUUAUCGGUGUGACAUCGCCCUUUCAGAUCCAUGUUCCUGUGCGCAGCCCGACAGCCACAACAGUAUGCUGCUCAGACAGUUCUGACGUCAGCUCGGAGGAUGACAGCACACUGGUCCUGCUGGCCCCUGCUAGCUCCCGCAGCCCAAGCCCUGGAAAAAUAAAACACCACCAGCGCCACCGCCGCAGCCACAGUCCUGCUCACUCCAACACCCCCAUGCCCUCCCUGCAGAGCCUCAGCCUGCACCCUCGUCCCCUAGAGGGGCUCCCAAGCAGCCGCUCGCCCUGCUCUGCUGCUAAGAAGGAGCGCCUGGUGUCCCCCCAGGACACCCUGCCAUCGCCCAUCAGCCCGCUCUCCCCCCGCAGCCCUGUGUCCCCUGGAGGCGGGGUCUCAGCCCCAGAGGCUCUAAUCGCUGCCAUCCUGGGGGAGCAUAGACCAACUCAGGUCACCCCCACAGGGGGCAGGUCACCAGGCAAGACUGGAGAGACAAGUUUAUGAGGAGCCCAACCAACACUAUCUGUGGGGUCAUGAAUAUGCAGAGACAUUAAAGGUUGAAUUCAAUCCAUAUCGAAGAAUUAUUGUGGAAGAUCCGCAUUAUAGCUCGAAAUUUAAAGGCAAUGUUCCCGCUUUCACGGAGACUGUGUUCACGGAAAACGCUGCAUGUCGGCUCAAUCGGAAAUUACCCUUAAAUUUGCUUCUGCGAUACAGAUUGAAUCUAGCCCUAAGAUAAGACUGUUGAAAUGAGGCCGGUAAACACCAUAUGAUGAUAGUAUCUAGGGCUGAUAUGGUCCAUUAUUUCUAUGCUGAUCUGACCUCACACUGUCACUGCACUCAUAAAAGCAGUGCAUUGUACGAGUUGUAGUUUACAACAUUCCACAUGGUGGUCAACCAGUUGUCUCUAUUUCUUAAAACCUGUUAAAUGUAAUGUCAAAAUGUAGAUUUCCGUCUAAAUAGACAUACCCAAAAGUAAUUAUUUAUCAUGAGGGCCAUAAACAAUACCAGCUAAUGCUUAGCUGAGGAUACAAGGAGGAGGAUACAAUAAUACAAGGAGGAGGAUACAAUAAUACAAGCUGAGGAUACAAGCUCAAGUACACAGUGCAAAUAUGAAACAUCAUAUAUAUAUAUAUAUAUAUGUGUGUAUUUGUUUUCCUAUUCAACAAAAGUGGGGAAAUAUGGAUUUUAAUUAUUGAAAUGCUUUCAAAAUAUGGUAACAAUGAAAUUAUAAACGACUUACUCUAAGAUUUCACCUUAUAACUAAAAUAAAUAUGAUCAUACAAAAUUGGCACCAUUUCAAAUAACUGACGACAGAGACUUUUCACCCCAACAUCCUCUGAGACGCAGAGACGCCAUUCAAAUUCCAGCAGACUCGUGACGCCAGCUUUAAGCACAAAGUGAUUUCGUCCCUAUGUGACCCAGAGAAAGUGACAUUGUUUCAAUUCUAUGAAAUCAUUUUGUAUUUUUUCAUGUUGUGAGCUCUAAAUCCACCUGAGAACAUUACAGCGAGAUGAGACUGCUUUAUCUGCAAUCGCUAGGCUCUCCGUUUCACAUGCAAUUUCACAUACUGCAUGUCAGCUGAGGGCAGAGACAACCAGAGCUUUCACGGAGUUCACAGUCAUUUAUGUUGUGCCGUUCACAGAGCGCUCUGUACACAAAAAUGUUGUUCGGAAUCGGUCCAGAACUGCUCAAAGUCCCCUAAAUAUGAAUUUACAUCUAAGAGCAAUCUACUUAUCAGUGACUCCAUCCUGUAGGGAGCUAGUCCAAAUCGCUGAAAGUUUAAGCGUUACCCCAAGUGCUAUACAGACUCGUAUCAAUACUGUAUGUACACAAAUGUAAAACCAAAGCAAGAGUAAAUCUGCAAUGUACAUUAUUGUUGUUAUUUAGUAAAUUGAAGGGAUGUCUGUAAAUAUGCUCUACCUAUCGGCCUGGAUCACUUGGUGUGGUAUUAUAUCUGUCUUUCUAUACUCCCAAGCUCCAAUUUCUAUUAAAGUGGUUUGUUUCUGAAUCUACCCAUCUUGUGUGUAUAUGUGUAGCACUGUACAUGUUUGAGAAAAAAAAUAUUGUCUUAUUUUCAGAGUUAAGACUUCUAAUGGUUUAGUGGUUUGUUUUGGUUGUUGAAAUAUUGGUUGUGUGAGGGUGUCAGAAGAAAAUAAAAUGAACAACA